AUGAGUAUCAUCUCACGAUCUCGGUGGCUCAGAUGUAGAAUUUGGAGGUUCUUUACACUCCGAACAUUCUUGAUCUUUAUAUUUUGUUGUAUUAUUCUUGAAAUUACUCUCGGUCUUCCCAGUUAUAAGCAGGAAGAUGAUGUACACACGGAAUAUCCUCGAGAUUUUGAUAGCAAAGAAGUAAUACACAGCUCAUUUCAAACGGAAACAUCUGUCCAGGAACUGGCUGAAAAAAAGGAUGACCGGAAGUCUAAACUGGAAACGGUAGCACCGUUUAAGCAGUCAUUAACAUCACUACAUUCAGUGAGAAUACAAAAGCAGGAUGAAGCGCAAAAUAGCACUAAAGCUUCUUACGAUGAAUCAUUUUAUGCAAAUAGGAUUAUUCAUUUUGAUUUGAAAGGUGCUGCACCAAAAAUAUCAUAUUUGAAGGAAGUAUUAAGGCUUAUAAAAGCGAAUGGCGCUACUGGAAUUUUGCUAGAAUGGGAAGAUACAUUUCCAUUCAGUGGUAUCUUAGCAGAGAAUCGUAAUAGUGAUGCUUACACGGUGGAAGAAGUUCGUGAUUUUUUGGAAACAGCCAAAUCACUCAAGCUUGAUGUUAUACCGCUUGUGCCAACUUUUGGACAUUUAGAAUGGAUUCUUAAAGUUGAAAAAUUUAGGCAAUACCGACAAAACGACAUGUUCCCACAGGUCAUCUGUUUAGCAGAUGAUGAUGGUGUUUCAGUAAUUUUGGACGCUAUACGGCAGGUUGUCCAGUUUCAUCAACCAUUCGGAAUAACGUAUUUUCACAUUGGUGCUGACGAAGCUUUCCAGUUCGGUGAAUGUUUGAAAGAUCGUCGAUGGCUUAAAGAAAAUAAAAAUAAGGGAAAAGAUAAUCUUGCAGCAAUGCAUUUAGCAAAAAUUGCAAAUUACAUCAAAACUCUAAUUCCAAAUGUCAGAGUGUUAGCAUGGUACGAUAUGAUUAAAUUAUUUGAAUCUUCAUUGAUCGAGUUCUAUCAUCUGGAUCAACUCUUAGAAGUGGUGGUUUGGGAUUAUUCCGAAACGUUGCAGCAGCAAAAUGAGUUCACAUGGAAUUCUCUGGCUGCAAAAUUCCCAAUAGUUUGGGGCUCAUCCGCUUACAAAGGAGCCAAUGGACCAUUAUCAGCGUUUUUGGAUUUGAAGCAUUAUUUUCGAAACAAUAAGUCAUGGAUUACACAUCGGAAAACAUAUGGCACAUUAUUUCGUACAUUCCGAGGUUUAAUCAUAACCGGUUGGCAACGAUAUGAUCACUUUGCAGUAUUAUGCGAACUUCUUCCGGUAGCACUUCCAUCAGUUGUGUUAAAUCUUCUAGUAGCAAAAGCAGGUGAUAAACUUUCUACUCAAUCGAUAAUUAAAUCUGUCACUGCUGCACUGAAUUGUACAUCAAGAAUCUCAUUAGAAUACAUGCAUUCAUUUGAUUCCUGCGACUUCCCAGGUGUUGAAUUAUUCAGUGUUAUUCAUUCCUUACGUAAUCAUAUCAAAGUGAUCAAAAGUGAAGUUUUUGAGAGUCACCAGGUAAAAGGUUGGCUCAAUCGAUUCAAUGUACACCAUGGUUACACCCAGUUGUGGUAUUUGCUGCAAAUGAAAAGCAUCAUUGAAAUGCAUAUUAGUGACAUGCUUAAUUUGACCAAAAUGAUCCAGUCUUUGAUGCAGCCAAUUUUCCGGAAAAAUACAAUCGAUGAAUGGCUAUAUGAAUAUACUGAUCCGAUUAUAGAGCAAUUGAGGGAACUAUUGCAACACAUUUCUGAACUUAAAAUGCGACGAACAUUCACUGUUAGAAAUUUUGACAUCAAAAGGAAAGAGAUGCAAGCAUCGUAA